AUUUAUGUGAUGAGUCAAUUACUAUAUGUUUUUAGUUGGAGAAAAUUUGAUGAAGAAUUUCAAGAGGACUGUGAAUCUUUAAUGGCUGUUAUUCAUGGAUUGGUCUUGAUCCUAUUGUCCCGUCGGUUCUGCACAUACGACAAGACAAUUUCUCCAUUCAAGCAAAGUAGAACUUCUGUCAUUCCUAUUAAAGUCAAGUGUGGAUAUAACGGUACAUACUGCCUCGAAGCGUUGCGGUCAACGCCUAAAACAAAACUCGAAUCCAAG